UAUCGACAUCACAGCCAAAACAUGACGACAGAGCUUCCAAAUAAACAAAAAGGCCGCGAGCUGAGUCGCGCAGCAAGGACCAAGGAUGGGAUCACUCAGUUGCCGCGAAAAAAGUUUUACCGCCAGCGGGCGCAUGCGAAUCCCUUCUCCGACCACAUGCUAGAGUACCCUACAUCCCCGGAUGACAUGGAUUGGUCUGUGUAUUUUCCUCAUUAUGUUCAAGAUGAGGCCCCAGAAGAUGCCACCAAGCCUCGUCGUCUCCGCAAAGACGUAGAGAUUGUCGACAUCGGCUGUGGAUUUGGUGGUCUCUUGGUUGCUUUGGCACCAAAGUUGCCAGACACCCUAGUUCUCGGUCUGGAGAUCCGUACCCAGGUUGCAGAGUAUGUCCAAGAGCGGAUAAAGGCACUGCGGUCACAAAACUCGGACAACAUGUAUCAAAACGUGGGAUGUAUCAGGGCGAACACAAUGAAGUUUCUCCCAAACUUCUUCAAGAAGAGCCAAUUGUCCAAAAUCUUCAUCUGCUUCCCCGACCCUCACUUCAAGGCCAGAAAACACAAGGCGAGAAUUGUGUCGACAACACUCAACUCAGAAUACGCCUAUGCUCUCCGACCCGGAGGCAUCGUGUACACCAUUACAGACGUUGAAGACUUGCAUCUGUGGAUGGUUCAGCACCUCGAUGCUCAUCCUGCCUUCGAGAGGAUUCCGAAGGAGGAAGAGGAUGCAGAUGAGUGUGUGCAGGUCAUGUUGACUGAGACGGAAGAGGGCAAGAAAGUGGCCCGGAAUAAGGGCCAAAAGUUUGUGGCCUUGUUCCGGAGACUUGAGGAUCCUCCGUGGUAG